AUGGUGGGCUCAGAAGUGGUUCCUUUCUUAGUCUAUGUCCCCUUCUCUACAAAUGAUAUUUAUAACUGGAAAGCUCAAAAUCCCCCCUUUUCUGAAAAACCACAAGCCUUGAUUAACCUUCUUGAAUCUGUUUUCCAUACCCACCAGCCCACAUGGGAUGAUUGUCAGCAGCUCCUUACUACUCUCUUUACUACAGAGGAAAGAGAUAAGAUUAAAAGGGAAGCAAGGAAAGCUGUCCUGGGACCGGGUGGAGGGUCUGUAGAGGACCAUCGCGCUCAGGUAGAAGCUAGCUUUUCCUCCGAACGGCCCUCCUGGGAUCCUAAUUCCCAGCAAGGUCGUACUGCUCUUUCUGCUUAUCAUAGGUACCUUCUCCAAGGCCUUAAAUCAGCGGCAAGGAAACCUAUUAAUAUGACUAAGAUUUCUGAGGUUGUUCAGGGUGCACAGGAAUCCCCUGGAGCAUUUCUGGAGCGCUUAUAUGAGGCUUACCGUACCUAUAGCACUAUUGACCCAGAAGCUCCCGAGAACUAUAGAUCUGUGAAUAUUGCAUUUGUUAGUCAGUCUGCCCCAGAUAUACGUAGGAAAUUACAGAAGCAAGAAGGGUUCGAGGGUAUGAAUAUAUCUCAACUAGUCGAGAUAGCUCUGAAGGUCUUUAAUACCCGAGACACACCAGCUACGGCAGCAGGUAAAGAAUGCGCCAAGACAGUAGUGGCGGCCAUGAGAGAAGCAAACAAUUUCCCUAGGAGUACUUCCCAGUGUCCUCGUGGGCGGCAGCCGUUAGGCUCAAACCAGUGUGCCUAUUACCCCGGAGAACCUAGGGUAUGCUUACGGAUUGGGGGUCAACCUGUUGAAUUCUUGGUAGAUACUGGAGCUACCUACUCUGCUUUAACAAAACCUUUGGGCCCAUUAUCUCCAAAAUCUACCUCUAUACAAGGUGCUACUGGUAAAAUUGUUUCUUAUCCUUGGACUACUGAACGCACAGUCCAUCUAGGGCACGGCACAGUCACCCAUUCGUUUCUGGUCAUGCCAGACUGUCCUUAUCCCCUUCUGGGUAGGGACUUGCUUCAAAAGCUUCAGGCAACUAUUUCCUUUUCUGAGGACCAGGCUUCUCUAACCUUAAAUCCUCCAGAUCCUAAGCGUCUUCUUAUUACCCUACCUCUCCAAUUUGAACAUAUCUUAGUGGCUUCCCCUGCGUCGCCCUCUCCUGCUCCCUCCCCCCUUCUCACUCAGCUGCAAACCGAUUUUCCUCAGGUGUGGGCAGAGAAUAACCCUCCGGGUCUGGCUGCUCAUCAUGCACCGGUGGUUGUGCAGCUUCUAGCCACUGCCUCUCCUAUUUCUGUCAAGCAGUACCCUAUAUCAAGAGAAGCCCUUCUAGGUAUUUCUGUUCACAUUAAUCGAUUAAGGGAAGCUGGUAUCUUAAUAGCCUGUCAGUCUCCAUGGAACACGCCUCUGCUUCCAGUCAGAAAACCUGGAUCGUCGGACUUUCGUCCUGUUCAGGAUCUUAGGGAAGUUAACAGAAGGGUUGAAACUAUCCACCCAACUGUUCCAAAUCCCUAUACCCUACUCAGCUUGUUACCUCCUACUCAUACUAUAUAUACUGUUUUAGAUCUAAAGGAUGCCUUCUUUUCUAUACCCCUUGCGCCAGUCAGUCAGCCUCCCCAAGGGAAAUUUUCGGGGCAGCUUACUUGGACUAGGCUGCCACAGGGUUUUAAGAACUCUCCUACGUUGUUUGGAGAAGCUCUCCAUCUGGACCUCCAACUGUUUCGUAAGGAGCAUUCUUAUUGCUCUCUGGUCCAGUAUGUAGAUGAUCUUCUCAUUGCAGCCCCUGAUGAGUCCCUCUGCUUGCGGGCAACUCGUGCCCUUUUGCAGCUCCUUCAAUCCCUAGGCUACAGAGUUUCUGCUAAAAAGGCUCAGCUUUGCCUCCCUGAAGUGUCUUAUCUGGGCUAUGUUCUCAAAUCUGGCCACCGUUCCCUGUCUUCUGAACGUAUUCAGGCUAUCUUAUUAUCUAUUCCGGUCCCCACUACUAAAAAGCAGGUCAGGGAAUUCUUGGGAACAGCUGGAUACUGUAGAUUGUGGGUUCCCUCUUUUGCUGAGAUAGCAAAACCCCUUUAUUCUGCUACAACCGGACAGGGUCCCCUGGUGUGGGGCUCUGCUGAACAAUCUGCCUUUGAUCAUCUCAGGACCGCCCUUACUAAAGCUUCCGCCCUAGCUCUUCCCGAUGUCACAAAGCCCUUUCAUCUUUUUGUGGCGGAAGCUAGAGGUGUUGCAAAAGGUGUUCUAACUCAAACGCUUGGCCCCUGGCGUCACCCUGUUGCUUAUCUUUCUAAGCGCUUAGACUCAGUAGCUGCUGGGUGGCCCCCCUGCCUUAGGGCCAUAGCUGCGACUGCUCUCCUGGUAAAGGAAGCCGACAAGCUCUCCUUGGGCCAGUCUCUCUCUAUCUCUGCCCCUCACUCUGUUGAGGCUCUGCUCAGAUCUGCCCCUGACAAGUGGCUCUCUAACGCUCGCAUUCCCCACUAUCAGGCCCUGCUUCUCGAUCAUCCUCGCCUCACUUGUUCCAAAUCGUCCGCCCUGAACCCUGUCACCUUGUUCCCAGAUCCUGGUUCUGACCCGGCCCCUCUGCAUGACUGCUUCCAGCUCCUUGAGGAGUCCCAGUCAGCAAGGCCUGACCUUUCUGACACCCCGCUGAAAAACCCUGACCUGAUUCUUUUUACAGACGGGAGCAGUUUUGUUGUGGGAAACACCCGUGUUUCUGGGGCAGCAGUGGUGGACUAUCCCUCUCUCUCUACCCUGUGGUCUUCUUCCCUUCCCCCCGGAUCUUCUGCCCAGAAAGCAGAGAUUAUAGGGUUGAUUCAAGCUCUGUGCAUUGCAAAGGGCAAAUCAGCAAAUAUUUACACUGACAGCCGUUAUGCCUUUGCAACAGCGCACGUCCAUGCCUCUCUUUACAAAGAAAGGGGCCUGCUGACAUCCGCUGGGAGGGAAAUUAGGAAUAAGGCCGAGAUACUUUCCUUACUGGACUCUAUCUGGUUACCCCUCUCUGUUGCUAUUAUUCACUGUUCGGCUCACCAAUCUGGCGAGACCAUGGAAGCGGUGGGAAAUCGGGCUGCGGAUGCAGCGGCUCGGCGAGCCGCCACCUCCUCCCCCACUUCCUCCCUGCCUUUGGCAAUUGCUCCCCUUCCUCCCGUGCCUGUCUACACCCCUGCAGAAGAUUCUUUCGCGCCUUGCAGAAAACUCAGCAAGACAUCUCACACCUCAUCCGUGAGGCCUUUCCUGUCCCACUCACUGACCCGGUACAUCCAUUCCAGCCUGGAGAUGCAGUACUGA